AUGGUGAAGCUGUUGCCAUGUUUCCUGGUGCUCAUCAACCCUCAGUGUUCUUUGCUCAGGAAGGUAGAGUUUGAGAGGGGAAGGGUAGCCUUUGUGUUCCCCAUCGAGUCACAUGAUUCCUUUGCUGCACUGGAGGUGGAGCCCAUCAAGGCCUGGCACACAGAUUAUGAUAGAUUCUAUGCUAACCUCACCCGAUAUAGUCUCUAGGCAUAUAACAACCUGGAGCAAGAAAAUGAGGUCCUCCUCUUUAAAGAAAAGAUUGAAGUGUGUAGGAUUGCAGAGCUCUGGGAGGAUGGGAAUCCCACAGUGAGGAGGAGUCUGGAGAAGGAAGGGAUUCUCUAUGGGGACAAAGGGAAGCAUUUGCAGGGGCAGAAGCAGGAUUCCUUUGGCGGUAACUUUGAUAAUCAGUCUUUGGUGGGAGAUGUUGGAGAUGUGAACUUGUGGGACUGUGCUGUCACCAGUUGA